GUACACACUUUUAGGGGUUAAGCAUUUUAGGAUCUCAAUCAUCAAAUGAUCCUUCUCAUCAAAGUACACCGAAAAUGACAACAGAUAUGUAUGGUCGUUGGAUACCGGAUCCUAAUGCUGAUAUGUAUACGAGUAAAGGUUCAUGUUCAGUUCCUUCAUGGGCUCAGUCUCCCACACCCCAUCCUCAUCAACUCCAUCCCUAGUGAGUUUAAUUGCGAAAAUUUCUUAUAAGCAAAAGGGUUCAGUACCAUCUUCAAAAAUCAAGCUUUGGGAUAAAUCUAAUGUCGAUUGUGAUCCGACAGUUCAGUUGGAGAACAAUGGUCAAACAAGAACGGCGUUUUAUGCUGAAAUUGUUAAGAAUGUCAGCGAUGGUGAGUCCUCGGGAAAUGAUGACAGUUCUGAACAUGGCAGUAGUUCAGUUGAAGAUGUUACAAGUUCAAGUUCAAGCGAGGAUGGAUCAGAAUAUGAAUCAACAAGGGAGGUUGUUGAUUCUGAGGCAAAUGAGUCACUAUCUGAGAGCGAAUCCAGUCAGGACCAAGUACCUCAAGAUCAUGAAGUUCAUCAUCAAGUUGUUCCGGUUAUGAUACUCCAAGGUUUGUUGAGUGGAGAUCAUGUUUUGAAUGCGGUGAGUAUGGGCACAUUGUCAGAAACUGUCCAUAUCUCACGAAAGGAAAGGCAAAGGUUGAUGCCCCUCGUGGUAACAGUAACCAUAAAAGAUCUGUUUCAUCAAAACAGGACCCUCGUCUUGUUAAACAACGGGAAAUGAAAUAGAAAGGGAAACAAAGAAAAGAAAUUGAAAAGGUUUUAAAACCAGAGGUUGUCCAACGCAGUCUGUUAAAUCAGAUGUUAAACAUGAAAAACAAAAACUGAUUUGGAAACCAAAAUCGGAAAUUGUUUCAGGGGGAGUACAUCAAUUCCGAAUCAUUAGGAAAUGGAUGUCACAAUUCUCGAUGAUGACGGAAGACCCAAGUCUGUGAAGGCUUGGGUCCCCCUCUCCAACUAAUCUCUGAAUGAGUGUGCAGGAUGUUCCAGGAGGAACUAUUGAUAGUCUUAGGAUUGUUGAUAGUGGAGCGUCCAUGCACAAGAUCGACGACAUAACGCUCCGAAAUAUUGUUACAUCUAGGAGAAUAUUGUUGCCAUUGAUGGAGAAAGGAAAAAGAAAAGAAGAUAAAAAUUCCGAUGAAGGAAUGAUGGUGAAAGAAUGUGGUUGAAUGAAGUUGAAAAUU